AUGAGUGCACAACUGAAGUCAAGUCUUCCGCAGAAGCUCGUCGUGGUCGUCGGCGCGACUGGCGGACAGGGAGGAUCUGUGAUAAACAGUCUCCUCGCCGAUGGAUCCUACCGUCUUCGAGGAAUAACUCGCAGCCCACAGAGCAGGAACUCUCAAGCUCUGACCGCAAAGGGAGUUGAGAUGAUCACAGCUGACCUCAACGAUGCGGAGUCUGCCAUAGUUGCUUUCAAGGACGCUAACAUUGUUUUCGCCGUCACAAACUAUUUCGAAACUUUCGCGACUUCUGGACCAGAGGAAGCCAUGAAGGUUGAGUAUGCUCAAGGUGUCAACAUGGCCAAAGCCGCGUCAGUGACAACAGGCUUGGAGCAUUUCAUCUGGAGUACGCUCCCUAAUAGAAAAGCUAUCUCCAAUGGGAAAUGCCCAGUCCCGCAUUGUGACGCCAAAGCCCAAGUUGAUGCCUUCAUCAAGAAAGACAAGGCGUUGCUUGCAAAGACAACUUUCUUGUGGACUGGUUUUUUUGCGGAGACAAUGCACCAUCCGAUGCUUUUGCCUAAUUUGCUGCAAUCCGCUGGUAAACAUGUCUGGUUGCAGCCUUGCCCUGCCUCCACCCUCGUUUUUACCAUUGGAGACCAUACCAUCAACAUCGGCCAUUUCGUGCACGCCAUAAUCAAGCAGCCAAAGCUGACUCUCCACGGGAAUUAUGUAUUUGCUACUACAGAGGUUACCACUAUGGGGAAACUCUUGGAGCAUUGGAGCGAGGUUACCGGUAAGGAAACGGAGUACUUGCACAUUACGUUGGAGGAGUACAAUCGUCUCUGGCCAAUGUGGGGACUGGAGGUCGGAAUCGACCUGAAGUGCUGGGACGAGUUCGGGGCGGAGAGUUGGGCGAGUGAGAAGUGGAUUGGGAGGGAGGAGUUGGGGUUGGGACAAGAGUUGGUAGGGUUUCGUGAUGCGCUUGUGACUCUAUUGAAGAGCCCGCACGACUGA